UUUGGGAAUCCUUGAGGUAGGUGAACCGAGGCUUAAACUGUGGGACUUCCACGACCUGGCAGGUGACACAGGUCUGGCAGGUGGAAUUAGGCCAUUUGCUGAAGCUUCCUCCCCUGGGAACUGGGGCGAAAAUUACAUUUUGCCCUUUACCUAGCAUGGCUUUGGUGUGCAGGUUCCUGAAUGGCACACGCAUUCUCAGAAAGUGCCCGAAGCCAUGCGGGGCGCUGUGCCUGCCUCAUGGUCUUGUUGCAGCCUAUUGUUCUAGGAGCCUUCAGAAGCCGGGCGCCACUCCUGGCAAUGCCUCCCAGCAGAGUAGGCCCAAAGAAGGUUUGCAAGAACAUGAACAGAAGGAAGUCUCUUUGGAUAUACCCUCUUCUGAAGAGAAGCCUGGAGUGAGUUUUGAUGAAUCCAUUAGGGAGGAAGUAAAGGACCACUUGAGACGCUUGAAAGAUGAGAUCGUGAAUCAUUGGGUGGGCCCAGAAGGCCGCCCCUUACACGAGGUCCUACUGGAGCAAGCCAGGGUUGUCUGGCAGUUCCGAGGCAAGGAGGACUUGGACAAGUGGGUUGUGACUUCUGAUAAGACAAUUGGAGGCCGAAGUGAAGCAUUCUUGAAAAUGGGCAAGAACAACCAAAGUGCGUUGCUCUAUGGGACUCUGAGCACCGAGCCCCCCAAGGAUGGGGAGAGCAGGCAGAGUGGGUUCUGUGCAAUGAUCUCCAGGGUUCGCCGGGGCUCCUUUGAGAGGAAGAUGUGUUACGACUGGUCCCAGUACAACAGUCUGUAUCUCCGCGUCCGUGGUGAUGGACGGCCUUGGAUGGUGAACAUCCGGGAGCAGAAGGAGUUCAUCCAGAACAAGGACCAGAUGUACAGCUACUUCAUGUACACCCUCCUCUUCAUGGGCUCACAUGUUUGUCAUGUGUACACAGGGCAAUUUACUGAAUGCUUCAAUUGCUUAUUUCUCAGCUAUAAUGUUUUCUUUCAGAUUCCCUUUUCCAAAUUUUUCUUCUCAAAUAAAGGAAGAAUUCGGGAUGCCCAAUACAAGCUUCUGCUUGAUAAGAUUUCUUCUAUAGGAUUCACCCUGGCUGAUAAAGUAGAUGGUCCGUUCUUCCUGGAAAUAGAUUUUAUUGGUGUGUUUACUGAUCCAGCCCACACAGAAGAAUUUGCUUAUGAAAAUUCUCCGGUGCUUAACCCAAGACUUUUUAAAUAAGGAAGAGCAUGUGGCAGUUUUGAUUUGUUAAAAUAG